AUGGAAAUAUUUGACAUACUUGCAGUUGUAGGAGUACUUGUUUGUUUUCUCUUGCUUCGUUGCUGGGAUCAGAUCAGGAAGCUAGGCGCAGAUAAAACAAACUGGCCAAUUGUAGGGAUGCUACCACGGCUCCUUAUCAAUUCAUCAAACGUGUAUGAGUAUACCACGCGAACCCUGAGAAAUAAUGGAGGAACUUCAAAGUUCAAGGGUCCUUGGUUUGCCAACAUGGACUUCGUGAUCACUAGCGAUCCUAAGAAUGUGCACCACAUCUUGAGCGACAACUUCGCAAACUAUCCGAAGGGACCUUUGUACAAGAAGAUUUUUGAGCCUCUAGGAGAUGGGAUUCUCAAUUCCGAUUCGGAGUCAUGGAGAGCACAGAGGAAAAUGAUUCAGCUAUUCAUGAAGAACAACAAGUACAAGGAAUUGGUAGAGAAGACCAUCCUCCAGAAGUUGGUUCAAGGCCUAUUUCCAAUCCUGGAUCAUGUCUCCAGAAAAGAACUGUCGGAGAUAAUAGACAUGCAAGAUGUGAUUCAGCGGUUCAUGUAUGAUAGUAACUGCAUGUCUGUUUUGGGUUUCGAUCCAAAUUGUCUCACGAUUGAAUUUCCUGAGGUUGCACAUGCAAAAGCUUUCGAUAUCAUGGAGGAGGCAAUAUUCUACCGGCACAUCGUGCCGGAGUUUUACUGGAAGUUUCAAAAAUGGCUUCAAAUCGGAGAAGAGAAGAAACUAAGUAGAGCUUUGCUGACAUUUGAUCAAUUCAUGUACAAAUGCAUCUCAACAAGGUGCGAGCAAGUCUUAAACGAAAAUAAAGCCAAAAUGGAGAAUAUUGUCGAGGAGAAGGAAGCUGCAGACUUCGACUUAUUAACAGCUUAUAUCAAAGUUCAAAUGAAAGAGCAUGGAAACAGUGCAGCUUCUUUAAACAAGUUCUUAAGAGACACGGCAACUAAUCUCCUGGUGGCCGGGAGAGACACUCCCAGUGCAGGCCUUGUUUGGUUCUUCUGGCUUGUCGCAGAGCAUCCACUAGUAGAAAGCAAGAUAUUAGAAGAGAUUAGAGCAGCAAAUUUGGUGAAGGAAAAGGACGGGAAGCUGAGGGUUUUCAGUGCAGAAGAGGUAAAUGGCCUGGUUUAUCUUCACGCAGCCAUGUGUGAGACACUGCGGCUAUACCCAUCAGUGCAUACUAAUCACAAGGCUGCAGUUGAAGAAGAUACACUUCCGAGCGGUCAUCGCAUCCGACGGAAGAUGCAGGUCUUGAUUUCCUUCUACUCAAUGGGGAGAAUGGAAGCAAUCUGGGGCAAAGAUUGCCUAGAAUUCAAGCCUGAGAGGUGGAUUUCUGAUAAAGGAGGUAUUAUAUACGUACCACCUUACAAGUUUGCUGCGUUCAACGAUGGGCCGAGGACUUGCCUGGGAAAAGACGUCAGCUUUAUUCAAAUGAAGAUGGUUGCCUGUGCAGUGCUCUGGAAUUAUCAUGUUCAAGUGGUUGACGGCCAUCAGGUUUUCCCGAGUGUUGCUGUUGUACUUCGUAUGAAGAAUGGCUUGAAGGUUAGGAUCACCAAGAGAUGCUAA